CCGCGCCGCGCCACUCUGCGCAGGCGCCACCCCCGCGUCCUUUGACUGUUACCAAUGCGCACGCGCAGCGCAUGCGCCGGGCGCGGUGCCCCGGGGCGUUGCUGGGAAACAUCUGCCGACGGCUGCGGCGGGGACCGGCGGACAUGGCGGCGCUGGCGGCGGUGGCGCUGGCGCGGCUCUCGGUGGCCUUUCUGCUUCUCGCGGCCCAGGUGGCCUACAAGUACGGCAUGGUACACGUGAUCUCUGAGGUUGGGGGCCCCAAAGGCAAAGACUACUGCAUCCUCUACAACCCACAGUGGGCCCACCUGCCUCACGACCUCGGCAAGGCGUCUCUCCUGCAGCUGCGCAACUGGACAGCCUCCAUGCUCUGCUCUCCCGCCGACCUCCCCGCCCACGGCUUCAUCAACCAGAUCCCGAUGGUGGCUCGUGGCAACUGCACCUUCUACGAGAAAGUGAGGCUGGCGCAGGGCAGCGGGGCGCGCGGGCUGCUGGUUGUCAGCAAGGAGAAGCUGGUCCCCCCGGGUGGCAACAAGACGCAGUAUGACGAGAUUGGCAUUCCCGUGGCCCUGCUCAGCUACAAAGACAUGCUGGACAUCUUCAGGCGUUUUGGCCGUGCGGUGCGGGUGGCGCUGUACGCCCCCAACGAGCCGGUGAUGGACUACAACAUGGUGGUCAUCUUCAUCAUGGCCGUGGGCACUGUUGCCAUCGGGGGCCACUGGGCCGGGAGCCGGGACGUGAAGAAAAGGUACAUGAAGCACAAGCGGGACGACGGGCUGGAGAAGCAGGAGGACGAGGUGGUGGACGUGACGCCGGUCAUGACCUGCGUGUUCGUGGUCAUGUGCUGCUCCAUGCUGGUGCUGCUCUACUACUUCUACGACCACCUCGUCUACGUCGUCAUCGGGAUCUUCUGCCUGGCGUCCGCCACGGGCCUGUACAGCUGCCUGGCGCCCUUUGUGCGGAGGCUGCCGUUCUGCAAGUGCAGGGUGCCCAACAAUAGCCUGCCCUACUUCCACAAGCGCCCUCAGGCCCGCAUGCUGCUCCUGGUGCUCUUCUGUAUGGCCGUCAGCAUGGUGUGGGGCAUCUUCCGCAAUGAGGACCAGUGGGCCUGGAUUCUGCAGGACGCCCUGGGCAUCGCCUUCUGCCUCUACACGCUGAAAACCAUCCGGCUUCCCACGUUCAAGGCCUGCACGCUGCUGCUUCUGGUGCUCUUCCUCUACGACAUCUUCUUCGUGUUCAUCACGCCCUUCCUGACCAAGAGCGGGAACAGCAUCAUGGUUGAGGUGGCCACCGGGCCCUCGGACUCAGCCACCCACGAGAAGCUGCCCAUGGUCCUGAAGGUGCCCAGACUGAACUCCUCACCUCUGGCCCUGUGUGACCGGCCCUUCUCCCUGCUGGGCUUCGGAGACAUUUUGGUGCCAGGGCUGCUUGUGGCUUACUGUCACAGGUUCGAUAUCCAGGUGCAGUCCUCCCGGGUGUACUUCGUGGCCUGCACUAUCGCCUACGGCAUUGGCCUCCUGGUGACGUUCAUGGCCCUGGCCCUCAUGCAGCGCGGCCAGCCCGCCCUGCUCUACCUGGUGCCCUGCACACUGGUGACGAGCUUCGCCGUGGCGCUGUGGCGCCGGGAGCUGGGCGCGUUCUGGACGGGCACCGGCUUUUCGAAAGACCUACCUCAGCCUCCCUGGGCCCUAGCCCUUGCUGACAGCCCGCAGCCUCCCAAGGACUCGGACGUGCCCCUGUCCCCGUCCCCGCAGCCUACUGGAGAAGAACCGGCCAAGUCUUCCCCACCUGCCGCCGAGCAGCCCCCGGAACCUGCCACGUCCGAGGAGACAGGGGCCACAGUCCCCUCGCAGGAGCCCAGGAGCCCGGCCGGCAGCGCCCCCGAACCCACAGGCCAGGACCUGGCCCAGCCUGGCCCUGAGGCCCAGCCUGGUGCCUUGGCCUAGGGGAGAGGGAGCAGGACUCGCCCGCCAAGCCCAUAGGACAAGGACAGACGUGAGAUGCCCGUGGAUUACACCCUCCCGGCCGCCCCGCCCCAUGGUGCUCACGGCCUCGUGAGGUCCUCGAGGGCCCCUCACGCCCUGCGCCCAGCUCACAUGGCUGCCACGAGCCCUGGGCAGCGGGGUCUUCCUGGCCCCACCUUCCCCGUCCCUCUGCAUGGCGGCGGGCUUGGUGGGCCACUGGCGCGUCCACAUCUGGUGCUUCCUGCCGCUUCCCCAGAGCGCUGCUCCCGCCACGACGCCCAGGGCCCUGCUCUCAGGGCCCUGCUCUCGGCAGGCUCACCGGAGGAGCCGCUUCUGCCCCCAAGGCGCCUCUUUCCCUCUGGCUGGCCACACAGAUUCCCUCUCACCCGCUGGCCGGCCUGAGACCGAGGUUCCUGCCACUGGGACGCAGACUCCGGGCUGGAUGGCCUGUGAGGAGGAUCAGGGCCGCGGACGGGCCACAGGGAGUGGACAGGCUGCUCCCUCUUGGCCCAGAGGCGCCGCACACGCAGUUCUCCUGGUUUUAAUAAAGUCACGACUUCUGGUUUUGGUA